AAUAAUUAUCAAUAUUUUUUAAUGAAAUAAAAUUUUAAAUAAUAAAAAGGUCUUAUAUAUAGAUUAUAGGGUUAAAUUUGAAUAUGUGAAUUUGAUGGAUUGAAGUGAGACAAAGUGUAAUGUGAUAUUGAUUGGUCUGGAAAGAAAUAGGAAACUAGUUUUGACGGAUUCCAAGUUAUGAUGCACACAUGGUUACUGAUCAACGGUUCAAAUGUGACAUUUCUGAAUGUAAUUAGUAGCACUGGAUCAUGUCCUCAUCAUCCUCAGAAUCCAAAUUGCGAGCCAAAAUUCUAUUGAAUGGCGCCAUUUUUUUAAUUUUUAUAAUUUCGUUGAGACAAAAUAAAUAAAUAAAAUUGCCAGAAAGUGGCGCCUUUUUGUUCAUUUCAGCAAACCUCUUUGGCGGGUGUUUGUCUGUUGGGUCUGAAAAUUUCCAAACCAGAGGCAUUUUCGUCAUUUCAUAUUCUCAGAGGGUUAGGGUUUCACCUCCCAUUUAUAAAGUGUUUUUCACAUCCACCGGUGGUGCGUGUGGUGUGUGUCUGGGUCGGUUGCAUUCCUUAUUUGCCUCUGUACACUCCUCUUUCUCUUUUCAGUCUUCUGCUUAGUGCUCACUUCAUUUUUGAUUCUUCGUCCCCUCUCCCUGAGUCUUUGAUCGUUUACUUCUCUGUUUCUUUACUUGAUCUCUAGCUUAUAGCUGCAAAUUUGUUAGAUCUCUGUCUGUUUCUAGCUCUUUGUUGCAAUCAUUUGAACUUUUAGCGUGCACCAUUUCAAGUUCAGCUUAUUCUUCGUAUUAGUAUUUCCCAAUCACCGUAUUUUUUGGUCGCUACCCACUUCAGCUUACCAGCUUUUCUCAUCUGGGUUUGUUUUAGAUCUCAAGUGUUGUUGCUUGAAAUGCUGGAUCCAAGCGAAAAAGGAUCAGAGCCUGAGGAUAUGAGUAGCAAAUCCUCCGAAGGAGGAGAACAUCAGCAGAAGAAGACCUGCGCCGAUUGCGGAACAUCAAAGACUCCACUCUGGAGAGGUGGCCCAGCUGGCCCUAAGUCACUGUGCAACGCAUGUGGAAUUAGAAGCAGGAAGAAGAAAAGGGACAAUUUGGGUUUGAACAGAGCAGCAAAUGAGAAGAAAGCAAGGAAAGGGAACAAUCAUCGUAGUUCAAGCAAUAACAGUAAUAGAUUAGGAGAUGGGUUAAAGCAGAGGUUGUUGGCUCUAGGUAGAGAGGUAUUGAUGCAGAGAUCAACUGUGGAGAAGCAGAGAAGGAAGCUAGGAGAAGAAGAACAAGCUGCUGUGCUAUUAAUGGCUCUAUCUUAUGGUUCAGUGUAUGCUUAGAAGAAUUUUAGGGAGGGAUAGUAAUGGAAUCAAGAAUUGUUGUAUUCGAUUAGCUGACCCAAUUAAGUUAAAAUUGUAUGUUGUGAUUUUGGGUUUGGGUUUCUUCAUUACUUAUUAUUAUUAUUAAUUUUUUCAAGCUUUUAGGGCUAACUGUAUUUGGGAUUUUGUAAGGAAUUCAAGAAAUCCAACAAUUGGAUAUUGUCAUUC